UAUAUCCUGUCCGACUAGGUUUUCUUGGACUUUUACCUCCUUAUGUUUUGUUCUCUCUCUCUGUAGCUAACGUUACAUCGGCUCCAGCUAUGAGUGCAAUUAUUCCUCGGAUAGAGCAGCUGUCUGCGAGAGUUAUUCGGGUUUUGGGCUGUAACCCGGGACCGAUGACCCUGCAGGGAACCAACACUUACCUGGUCGGCACCGGGGAAAGGCGAGUGCUGAUAGACACUGGAGAACCCGCUGUGCCUGAAUACAUCAGCAGUCUGAAACAGGCACUGAGGCAGUUCAACACCAGCAUCCAGGAGAUCAUCAUCACACACUGGCAUCUUGACCACACAGGCGGCGUGGAAGACAUCUGCAGGGACAUCACUGGUUCUGAAGUCCGAGUCAGCAAACUGCCACGGUCCAAUCAAGCCAGUGAGAGAGCAGGAAGCAAAGGCUAUACUUACCUAAAAGAUGGAGAUGUUGUCCAGACGGAGGGGGCCACACUCAAAGUGCUGUUCACGCCGGGCCACACGGACGACCACAUGGCCUUGCUGUUGGAGGAGGAGCGAGCGCUCUUCUCUGGAGACUGCAUCCUGGGCGAAGGCACCGCCGUGUUCGAGGAUCUCCACGACUACAUGAAAUCUCUGCAGAUCCUGCUGGACUCUCAGGCCGACCUUAUUUACCCCGGUCACGGACCUGUGGUUCAGGAAGCUGGCUCUAAGAUCAGACACUACAUCAGCCACCGGGACCAAAGAGAGCAGCAGAUCCUGGCAGUCAUUCAGGAUGGAGCAGGAAAGCCUUUCUCCUCAAUGGAGCUCGUCAAGAUCGUCUACAAGGACACCCCUGAAUACCUGCACCAAGCAGCUAAUGUGAACCUGGUCCAUCACUUAAAGAAACUGGAGAAAGAGGGCGCGAUCAGCCUGGUGAACGAAUCCUCACAGAACAUCAAAUGGAAGAGUAACCUGUGAUAUCUACAGAACCAGAGAAGAACUCUGCACUCUAAUUGACCCUUUGGCCGGGAUGAUGAAAUCCACGUGGUCGACAGUUGAUCAUUUUCCAAAAUUGGCAUAAUGUGUAUAGCUAAAUGCCUUAAGUGUGCUGAUUGACAGAUGUGUAAAUGGAGAAUCAGGGAUGGUGAUCACACUUGUUGCCUUGGAUGUUUCCUUAGCGUACAAAACAAGACCAGAGAUGGAACUCUGCAGAACUGAGCUGCAGCCUGUGAGCCUGUGUCAAAGUUCACCGAGGCAAAAAUGUGUCUGAAGGUCAGCUGAGUUCUACGGCAGAAUGGAAGAUCAGCACUUUCCUGCAAUGUGAGCAAUGUGCCACAGCGCCCCCAUCUGCCUGAAUUAAAUUAUUUUCUGAAGAGGGUUUUCUUCCCCCAAAGUUUAGCCUCUCAGGUUCAAACAAAUCCCACUGCCUUAAUUGAAAUUUGCAGACUCCAACCGUGGCCCUAAAUCAAACCAUCUUGAACAGAGUCCUAAAAAGCUAUCUAAUUCAUGAAAUAGUCAUUUUAUCAGUGGAGUUUGGUGCACAGUGCUGUUUUUUUCCCCUCCAUCCUCUUCCUCCUACUUUUUGCUCUUCCUUUUUUCCUUACUCUUCCUGUCCUCCUCCUUCUUCCUGCUCCAUUUGAUAUCUGUGGAGUUUGAGGAACUUUCUCAACUGAUCCUUUAACUCAAGAAAAAGUAGUCCGCUAAACGGAAUUAAUAGACUUAACGCAUUGUCGAAGCAUUAAGCAUCAAAUGUACAGAUUUCAGAUGCUCUUACAUGAUGAGUUAUAUAUUUCUAUGCAGACCACCAUUUACAUUUUUUUUACUUUUAUUUUCCUCCUAUUUAAUCUGAUCUCUUUGCCCUUUCAGUCUUGGUAAUGAACGUUUGUUCUAGAAAUGCUGCAGAUCGUCACUAGGGGGCAGUAUCUACUAAUGUUAUUGGGAGAUGAACAAUAAUUUAUAAUGUACUCUUAGAAUAUUGCAACACAGGCAAACAUUCCCAAAUAUCUUCAGUUUAUUUAAAACAAUGAAUGUCAAGAAUGUGAAUGUGUUGCAAAAGAUUCCUACACAGUACUGGAUGAUGUAAAUUAUUCUGUUUUGCUGAGUGCUGUUGUAUUUUUGUGGCCAUGAAUGAGAAUUAUUGAGCAUUUGUGAUAAUUAUGAGAUCAUACAGAGGGAUAACUCAUGGUCAUGUUUAUAAAUCAACUAUAAAUCACAUGAAUACUGAAGUAAAGCACUUAAAAAACACUGAACAGCUGACUAUAUGAUACUCUCAUCUAACUCACGUUGAUCCAAUAUUCCAGUGACUAAUAAUCCGACCUUUUUGCAUGACCUUUUGACCUGUGGCUGGCCUUCAGUGAGUCUCAUCUGUUUUCAUAUUGACUA